CAGUCAGAUUUUGUGCAUUCGCUGAUUUUCAUUUAAAAUUUGCUGGUUCAACAAAUCGUCCAAAUCGUGCCAUAAGAACAGUAUUCUCGAACCAAAGAAGCUGUAACAAUGGAGAUGCAGACCAUGUGCAGCAGUAUGAUUUGUUUUCCAUUGGGAAUAGGAGGAAUGCUGUCUGGUUUAAUAUUAUUCUCGGCGAGUUUUGCAUUAUCGAUUUGGGGAAUGGUUAACGCUGCACCAGUCACUAUUAUAUUUUUCUUGAGUUUGACAACUGCAUGGAUGUAUUAUUUAUUUGGACUUUACAAGAGAAAGCUAAUAUUUAUGUUGCCGGCAAUAAUCAGCGGCGCAGUCAGUAUAUUCGGACUGUGUAUAGCUCUAACUAUCAUUUGCUUCUCUGCGUUUCUAACCGAAAAUGACGUUGUACCACUCGAACAUGGAUUAUUUUUCAACAUCUCAAAGAAGGAACAUUUUGUAACACUUUUCAUCGGGACACUUAUCCAGGGAUUUCUCGUUUACUUUUGUUAUAUUGCCUUUUGUGCAUAUGAGAAAAUACGCAUGGAUCAAGAGCAGUUGAGUAAUAUACACUAUCAAACACAUGAUGGAAUGGAUAUUGAACGGCAAAGUGAAAUUAACGAAGGAAAUAAUCAAUCUUAUGAUCUGUAGAUGAAUUGGUUGGAGAAAAAAAAAUAGCGAUCUGCAUUCAAUACAAGAAUCCUCUGUUUUAUUAAUGAAAAGAUAUUCGAUUCU